UAACAGAUGGAUGAUGAAAAUGGAUCAGAACAUUGUGGAAAAAUUAUACCCGAAUUGGUUUUGUCAGUGAUCAACUUUGAAAUAAAGGCUAAACUAGUCAAAAUCAUUUUCGAUGAUUUAUAUAAAGCUGAUUAUAAAUUCAGACUAAAUCUAGACAAAAUAAUCAAAGGCAUACAUAACAGUGCUGUAGUUUUUGGUCAAAAAACCCAAAAUAUAACAGCCAUCAAUGAUAAUGAACAACCUGCUUGGAUUAUUUUCUCAGCUCAACCAGAAUCACUCCCAAUGAAGGGGAAGAUCUUACUCAUUAUUCAUGUUUCUCCUUUCCAGUUAAAAGAAUGGCUCUUGACCCCAAAAGUGAAGAAACAUCAACAGCAACUUGUUGUAAUAUCUGACCCUGCUUUGAAAAAAUUAAAAGGUUCAGAAAGGGACUGUGAUACAGGACUUUACACUCAGUUAAUUAAUCCCAACAGCUUUGGAGGAGGUAAAGCAUUAAUUGUGACUUCUUGGCGGGAGCAUAACUACACACAGUCUGUUAAAAUUUUUCCUUCUGAAGACCAAACACUUUAUAAUGGUAAUCAUAUAGUUGUUUAUGCAAGGGAUCUUCCACCAUUUUCAUUCAGAAGGAACCUAGUAGACAGAGAAGUUAUUUGGGAUGGAGUGGAAGUGAGAUUGUUGCUUUUAAUGAAAGAAAUUCUUAAUUUCACCUUGGAAUUUCAACAUCACACAGGCAAAGAAAGUAGUGAUACAAUACAGACACUAAGACAAGGUAAUGCUGACUUAGUAGUUGGUGGAUUUACAAUGACCAAGGAGCUAAAUUAUGAAACUUCAAUGAUUUACCCCCAUUCAAUGGAUUGUGCAGCAUUCAUAUCGCUAACAUCAAUAGCUUUACCUAAAUACAGGGCAGUAAUGGGGCCUUUCUUAUGGGACGUAUGGAUAUCAAUAACAUUAUGCUAUAUCUUAGCCAUCAUUCCAAUUGCAUUUUCUGCAUGGCAUACUUUGAGGCCGCUAAUACAACACCCAUCAGAAAUAGAGAAUAUGUUUUGGUAUGUAUUUGGGACAUUUACAAACUGCUUCACGUUUCGUGGACAAUUUUCUUGGACAAAAAGUGUAAAAAAUUCCACAAAAUUAUUUAUAGGAACAUAUUGGAUGUUUACCAUAAUUAUCACGGCAUGUUAUACUGGCUCUAUUAUAGCAUUUAUUACGUUGCCUGUGUACCCUGAAGUAAUCAACACAAUGCAUCAACUUUUGCAUAAAAAUUAUCGUAUUACUACAAUGGCUGACGAAGGAUGGUGGGAACUGCUAACUGGAGCAGAUGAUGAUGAAGCUAGUGGAUUGGCAGGUACUGCAGAAACAGUAAGCAAUGUUUUAGAAGGCCUUUCUAUCAUAAUAAAAAGUUCAAAAGAAGACAAACAGGUAGCUUUUAUGGGCUCGUCAUAUCAUCUUAAGCACAUUCUAAAAAGUAACUACAGUGCCAGUGAUGUCGGCAAGAGGCAAUUAUUUCAUAUAAGCAAACAAUGCUUUGUACCUCAGAUGAUUUCUAUGAUAAUGCCUCAUGAUUCCAUAUACAUUGAUUCAUUUAGUAAAAUUUUAAUGAAAGCGAUUGAGGCUGGCUUCAUGAUAAAAAUUCAACAAGAUUUAGAAUGGAAUUUGUAUAAAAGUUCAGCUAGACAAACACUAUUGCAGGGGAAUUUAAAAUUGGAAGCUUUAGAAAGACAACUUACAUUGGAUGAUACCCAAGGGAUGUUUUUACUUUUGGGAUGCGGAUUUGCAUUUGCAAUAUGUGCUUUUGCAUUUGAGCUUGGAACUUGGGUAAAAAAUCGAGAAGGUGAAAAAUUGACUAUAUUGGUAAAAGAAAGAUUACUUGCUGUAUCAAGAAGAGUUUCAGCAGCAUUUCUUACUCCUUCUAAAUCUCAUGUCAGAGAUCAUUAUCCGUUAUAUUUUAGAAAUGUUUUUAGAAGAAAAUCUUCACUUUUUGGAAGUAUAAUUUCAGAAGCAGCUGAUGGGCAGAAGCCACCAACAGCAGUAUCAGAAAUACACCUUAUGCCACCUACAGUAGAAAAACCAAUACGCCUACUAAGUUUUUAACUUACUGCACAAAAUCUGGAUUCUUAACUCAUAAUUAAAAUCAUUAUAAUAUACCUAAUCAAAACCUGUAGUUAACAAUCAAGUGAAAACUAUUCCUUAUUGUUACUUAAAAAUGAU